AUGGGAGCCGUCGUAUCUUGCAUCGUGGCCAUCUUCCGUACCAUUGGCGCCUGCCUCAUGGCAAUCGUCAACGGGGUCGCAACAGUCCUCCAGACUAUCAUCGGAGCCAUCGCCGGUCUCUUCGACAUCAUCAUCUCAUGCCUGACCUGCGGUAGGGGAGGUAGUAGGAGACGGCGAGUGACGAGUACGGUCUAG